GCGGCUUGAGAAAGCUGCGUGUAGUGUGUUUUCGCUGUGAGUCUGGCCUGGCGGUAGCUCUCACCUGAGGGUUGCUGGGAUGCUCAGCCCCUUCAAAAACAUAGAGUCCCUGUUGUGAACGUCAGAGUCUUUGAAAGCGUCCUGUGGCCGAGACGCUGUCAUCUUGCAGUGAGUUGGGUGGCAACGUGCAAUGGAUGAAUCAGAGAAAUGCAUUCCAGGGAACACCUGACGAAUUCUCGGAAACGAUGCUUAUCAGGUUUGUAGGCUGCCCUUGAGCGGCAAUAAGGCAAGUACCAUGUUUCCAUGUAACUGAGCAGGGUGCAGAUAACUCAUGAGCUAUUUGAGGUUGUGGGUUAUAUGGUGAAAACACAGCCCACAGGAACAGAGAGGGUGUUGGCUUGACAGAAGUGCUGGUCUGGCAGCAGAGCUCCUCUCUGGUGUGAGUUCAGCUGUUCCCACAAAUCUUACUUGUUUUCUGCCCUCUGGCUCAGCUGCACAGGAAGAUGCCUGAGUGCACUGUGUUCUUGUGCCUUCCCACACCCUCCCGAUAAGAUUUCCUGCAAACUGGGGCAUGGGUUCCCCCUGGCUGAAGGAGGAACUGAUACUGGCCCUGCAAUAGUACAGCAGAGGUAGCUGGGGACAAGCUGCAGUUGCUUAUCAAUGCUUGGAAAACCGAUGACGGACAAUUCAGCGUGCUUAUGUGGCUGAAGAUGGGUAGCAGCAAGCCGUCACAGGCUGCAGUUGCUGGCUUUUGUGCAAAGGCGUACCUGUGAGCCAGCCUGCGCUGGCUGUACUGCUGUAGAACUAUCCAGUCGCUGUGCCGAGACACAUCAUCCUAUCAGAAGAGUUAGACCAUAAUAACAUUUGAUAGGGUUGGAGGCAUUUAUGAUUUGGGUUUUUUAAACCGAAAGGUGUUGGUAAACCGGCAGUUUAAAUAAACGGAUGUAGGUAUUUCACUCUGAAUAAAGGAAUAACUUUUUAAUUGCCAUGUUCACUCUUGUCACUCUUCUGUGAAAAACAUGCUUGGAUUUUUUGUUCCAGUUGUGCCUGAAAUGGCAGAAAGUAGUUAAAAAUAGGCGGAGAAUCUUGAACAAAUUGGUGCUGGCUUCUGCCCACGCUUGUCUUCCUACGUGCCAGAAAUGAAACUUUCCCUUCUCAAAGGUAUGGGCCUGUGUCACAAAGUAAGUUCCUGUUUUUCAAGCAUUCAGAUUUCCCCAUUUUCAAGCACUCGAGAGAGACACAGUUUGAGUUGUGCAGCUUCAUCUAAGCUGAUAAGGCUGUACUGGAAAUUUUUACCAGUGUAAUGCAGUAAGAUGAGGUGCCAGUUCUUUUAUUCUGCAAACCAGUGCUAACUCUGGUUUUAGUGGGAACUGUAUUGGCAGUCAGAGUGCUUGGUGAGGCGAUGAGAUUUGUAAAUUGAAUGCAUCUUGGUUGCCGCAGAGCCCUUGUGCAGGAAGUCGCUCAGGCGCCUGCAAAACUGUCUGCCUGAAUGGUAUCGCUAAAAUUUGACCUCUUGAUCGUUGGAAGAACCAUUGGUAAAACUAAGAAUUCCUAUAAUCUUGUAUUUCUGGGUGAGAAUAAUGCCUUUUUUUUUAAUGAAUAAUUUAACCUAUUUUCAACUGCACUGGCCAUGGGUUACAAGCCUCUUACACUGUUUGUAGCGAGCUACAGAUAGAGGUUAGGUCAGAUUGCUAUAAAAAAAUAGGAGGAAAAAACCAAACGAAACCCCGAAGACAAGAGGGGAUGGUUUUAUCUACAGUGUUUUCCCUCUCUUAUAUGGGAGGCUACAUGUACCUGCCUGGAGUUUUAACAAGGCUAUUUGUUUAAAAUAGAGGGGUGUUUUGCUUAUUGCACUGCUGCAUUCCGUUUUGGAGAAGCGUUAGGACAAGAGCAGAUGGUAUUUGAGGGCCACGUUGGAAAGAAUUUACAUAGAUAAGCUGGGUUUUGCAGUUCUUGAAUGCUCCUUGCAGAUUUUGCAGUUCUUGAAUGCUCUCUUCAGACUGCAGGUUUGGCAGUUACCGUGUAUUUCAUGUUUCAGUAGUAGUUGUAGUUUAAAAGAACCCCACAGGUUUACUUCCUCCUCUUUUUUUUCUUUUUUGGUUUUCCCCUACAAAUACAUGACAAGUUUCUGCUGCUGUGGCUACCCCUAGAUCCUUUAUCUCCUGCAUUUUUUUUCUUCAGAUUCUCUGGUGACCUAGAAGUGCAUCAAAGUGACUCAGGUUUGCUAUGAGAGGCUUUAAGAAAGGUCAUAUCCGCUGAUCUAUGCCAUGCCAGGUGCUAAGCUGGAAAGGAAAUACACAGCUUGGUAAUGUCAGGGACUUGGGGUUUUUGUCUCUGUCUGGUUUGGUUUCCCUUUAUGAAAUGUCAGUUGUGUUAGUACCUGGCUUCUGCUCCGUUGGAUUAUCUGCAAGGAAUCACCGCUAUUUGCAGCCAGGCUGUGCCAGCCACCCCAGAGAGGUGACUGAGAGACUCAUUCCACAGGCUAAGGCAGAGCUCUGACGCAUGCUGCGGGGUCCUUAGUGCUGCCUGAAGGAAGGAUCUCGUGCUCUUUGCAAAGCCCUAAUUGUUCGGGGGUGAGAAUUUAACUUGCCUCGGGAGCCCACGUGUGGCACUACAUGAGUCACGCAUGCUUCUGCCACGUUGUUUGACUCCUGUGCCCCUAGCCUUACCUGUUCUAGGUUUGCAGGGCAGUAAUUCUCCCCGUGUGCCAACAGAGGGAAGGCAUUAGACAGGCACUGCAAAUACCCCAAGAUCUGGAAAACCCCAGGGCAGCCAGUCCCAGUCACUGCGAAAUCUCAUAAAGGCCAGCAGAGCUGAGAGGAACACCAUUUUGUCUUCUAGUCUCAGGCUGCAGAUAAAUUAUUUGCCCUUCAGCUUUUUUUUUUAUUUUUACCCAUCUUUAGCCAGUACUACGUGGCAUCCUUCUGGGGAUCUGGGGAGCUGAUGUCGCCGUGCCCCCCCGGCGCCAGCCUCGCCGUGUGCUCGCUGCGGUUGCUGACCUGCACCCCAUGCGCUGGCUGUUCCGCUACACUUUCCGCAGCCCAUCAGAACUGUCCUACCACAGGUUCCCUGGUGUGGCAAGUCACUUCACCUUGCGUUAGUAAUUUGUUCAGUUCAGCAAACUGAUGGCUCCGGUGGCCUCAAGCAAAAAGGAAGCAGUAAAAUGAUGCUCCUGGCAAUGUGUAUGAUGUUCAGCUCAUGGCUGGAUAUCCUCAAGGUAGGCUAAAGUAGAAUUCACAGCCAGUUCUGUAAAUACUCUUGGGAACGCGUGCCCCGAAGACAGAGUUAAAAGCUGCCAUAUUGGUGCACUUCAGUGGUUCGAAAAAUCCCCUGGUUUUUCCUUCAGAUCUCAUCCUUGAGCACUCCUAGUGUUGUGUGUGCGGGCCAUGGGAGCACGGAAGAGGGAGAAGGGAUUAGGAGAUCUGUAAAAUCCUUUCCUCUGUUCCAUCACUGCGUGCACUUACGUUUCAGCCUUAAUCUGCCCUGAGCCUGUGUUUGGGUGUCGGCAGGUAUGGCUGGAAGGGAGUCCUUUCUUCUGUGGAGGUCAGGGCAGGACGUGAGCUGCUGCAUUUGGGGGCUUUUGCCACACGUGUUUCUGUGCCUCCCUGCCUUUGCUGAAGGAUGGAGAAGCAAUCCAUCUUCCCCAGGUGUCCUGGUAUAGUGAGGCCCCACAACCAGAGCUGAGGUUCAUUUCUUGGAGGCAGUCAUAAAAGAUUAAGACCUCUUUAUCUACGGCUGAGGAGCUAGAGCCUGGCACGCAGGAGGUGCUUCGGUUCAAACUCCAGCACAAGCCCUUGCAGAAUCCCUCUUCAGAAGGACAGUACCAGCAGCACUUGGAUGCUCCUUUUCUGUGGCAACUGGGAACUAUGAGCCCUGGGGCAUUUCCGAACAUCUUGGCCCCCAGCUGCUUCUCUUGGCCCGUUUGAGACUGCUGUAUCUUCCCGUUUCGUGCAGAGGAGAAGGGGCUGCAUGAUAUAUGUGCUCAGAUGACCCCAAAGACUAUGUUGCUUCCAAUGGCCUUUUAACCCUUUGGGAUUAUAAUUUUGAACACAGGUCACAUGGAUUGAAAGGAACUGCAGGCCACAGAACCUCUGCUUGUGUGUGAAGAUAAAGACUAAGAAUUCCUAAUCUCUGAGGUUUCACUCGAACAUGGUCCAGUUAAUCCUGUAGCUGCUGCUGAAUAAAACCACCAGUGAGGUGAUGAGGAGUGAGAACUACUGCUUAUUGAUGAGUGAAAUAGGCACUUGUCCUAUCAAUAGGUGCAGAGAGAGAUGGAAGCUCUUACCGGAUCAGGCGGCAGCAGGGAACCCGGCAGCAUUAACAUACAUCACGUGCAAGACUGAGCAAGAAAGGGAUUGACAGAUGAAAUGUCACUACCUUACAUCAGAGACAGGUAUGGUUAGCAUUAGAAAACCCCCAAAGAUAUUAAAGCCAGAUAGUCAAGUUGUCUCUGAAAGGUCACUGCUGACUCUAGAGAUUUAGACUUGGCAUGUGCAACUGUUGUCUGUGAUCUGACUGUAAAUGUUCCAUCACCUGGCAGUAUCUGUGCACGACUGUAAUGCUUGAACAGAAUCAAAAUGCGGAGACACCAAUUCAGAAAAAAACAACAUUAAAAAAAGAUUAAAGGGAAAUAAACUAUUAGUUCCUAUUCUGAUAAACACCAGGUAUCAGAUACCACAUACGCUAAUUGCCUGUCUGCAACCUUUGCCAGGCUUAGGGUUCCCUUGUGUACCAUCUUCUAGUUGUCUCGGUAGGACCUUUGGAGGUUCCUUCUCUAUCGCUGUGUUUAUGAUGCUGUGCAAAAGUCUGAUUUUUGUAUUUGGUACUUAGGCAGUGCUAGUUAUUAAUGUUCAUCUCCGAGCUUCAGGGGAAUGGCCAGUUCCUCCAUGUGAAACCACUACACUGUCCUUGUCCGUUCUGAUAGACAUGGUCUAGUCUGUUGCUACUGCUGUACUUCUGAAGAUGAAGAAAGUAAGGCAUCAGGAGGCUAAGCGUGGUGCCUAGCUUAGAGACCUGGUCUUCUACCACUCAAGUCUUUCUCUUAGUUAUAAAGUUACGCAUCCCAGCUGCUGCUGGAAAUAACAGUUCUUACUGUUGGUUAUUCAGUAGCAUUAGUUAUUGGUGCCUGGUGUGCCACGUAUUCCAGGGUAUGGCCUUGAGGUGUAGCUUCCAGAAAGUGAGGCUAAAUGAUUCUCAGCUCCUCAGGACCCCAGCUUUGGCACCAGGACAGCUGUCAGGGUCCUAACAGGGUUUGUCUCCUCAAUGUCAGUACUGACAGUGGGACUCAGGGUAGAAGCACACAUAAAAAAGCCUCAGGGAGUUUCUGGGGAGCCUGAGCUGGGCAAGUCUCUCAGCAACACACGGAGCGGAUCCCAUCUCUUCUUAUUCCUGAGUUACAUUUUCCUCUGCACACCUUGUGAAAAAAAUGAUUUGUCAGGGUUACUUCUAAGACCAUUUGCGACAUGUCCCACAAUUUCUGUCAGCGUUGCCACCUACUGAGAGGGUUUGCAGCCCUUUUAUGUUUGCAGGGAGCCUACACUCUUUUAAUGAAACUGGAAGCACCUGACUUCAAAGGUGGGUGCUACUGGGACAAUGAGGAAAUCUUGAUGCCAAGAGAUUUGUCUUUCCUUCAUGGGUCUUUUGUUCUUGCUUUCUUCAUGCAGGUGAGACAGAAUACCUCUUUUACAGCCUCUGAGAAAGACUUGCAGAGCCAGGGAAAUUAUUGGGCUGAAUGGGAAAGUGCAUCCCUUCCUGCCCACAAUCUCUUUAUGGAUGCGGUAGGGAGCUUCUCAAAGUUGCUGGUUCCACACUUCCCCACUAUAGCAGCCUGUGCAGGGGAAGGGGCAAAAGGCAGAAGGUGGAAGGGAGACCUUGGCUAGCGCACUCUUUACAAGCAGUAGCGGCACUUGUUAUCAGGGCAGAUGUGGGCUGCUCUGCCCCCAGGAAUUCAGCCACAGUAAGGUGGAGGGGCAUAGUGUGCUCCAGGUAUUCCCUGCCCUGUUAUGUGGGGACAAGUAUUUUCAAACGGUAUUGCAGCCAGCAUGCCCUGGGGUGGGUAUUAAUGUAACCACAGAGUAAGGCUUUUGUAGCAAAUUCUCCUUAUUAGCCUAUUCUUAUAAGAGCCAGGGAUAAUAAAAAUAUGCUCAGAGUUGGACAGGGCUUGUGUGCAAUUCAGAAAUGGUUGUAACUGACUGGUCUGCAGAGUAUAUUGCUGCCGUGUCCAAGUGCUUUGCCUAAACUUCUCUUCGUUGUAAGACUACGCAGAGCUCUGGAGAGGGUGAGACAAAAUUUUGUCAGCCGCUGAGCGCACCGUGUUUUCGGUACAAGGGCAGCACCCUGUCCGUCCUUGUCUCUGCGUUGCCCGAGUUAUGCUGUUCGGAGGAGCUGGUGAAAGGAGUCCUGACUUGGGGAUGCCCAAGAACUGUGGCGUCCAGAACUCUCCACGGCCGGUGGGGCAGCAGCUGCAGCAGGCAGUGUGUCUGGGCUUCCAGUGUAACGUGAGUGGUUCAGGCUGCGGCAAAUGUGAGCAGCAGUGCUGCGCGGGAAGAGGAGGGGGUCUCCUGUGUGGCAGGAGUACAAAGUAGGAGAUUUUUAGUUCCUGAAACAUAACAGUUGGCCUUCUAGGGGCAGCUUGUGGGGAAAAACUGAUGGCAGAGAUGUGUGUCUUUUGGCUGCUUGCAGCUAGUUUGGAUGUCAUUUUUUGGUAAAAAGGUCUCACCUAGUGCAUUUAAGAGUACAAGCACCUUUGCAGCAUACCUUUCUAAAACUAGAGGGGUCUGUUGCAGACCAAACCUAGCUGAUUGUUUCCAACCCGUGACAGGAACACAGGUAGAUCCCUGAAGAGACCAAAGACUACAUGGAAAGUGUGGUGACUGACCUGCUUUUUGAGAUCCAUACACUUUCUUCCUGAAGAUUUGUCUAGAACAUGCUGAAGGAAGAGUGGUGGUGUCUGUAUGGGAAGUUUGUUCAGGCUUCAUUGGCUGUGUAUUAAACUAAGGAAUUAACAGGGCAAAUGUCAAAUGCUGUAGGCAUGGCAUUUUCUAGAGGCACUCAUCUCUUCACAGCUCUGACUCUCCCUUGCCUUGACCUAUUUGUCAUCACAUGCAGUGUGGAAAAGAACCCAUUAAAAACUGCUUCUGCGUCAGAAUUCAUCUGUUCAGUUGAGAAUGAGGUUGGAUUUGAAAUACUGUCUUCACUGUGCACACAUAAAAGCAACCACAAGCUACAGGGAUAGAAGCAAACCCUAGGGUACGGUGGAAACAGAAGGGGAGGAGGGGGAAGCAAGCCAGCUAUCCACACAUAAAGCAGGGAUGGAAGUCUGCGUGUGCGUUUGUAUAAGGUAAGACAUUUUGGAUUUGAAACCCAGCAGCAAGUGAUGAUUACAGGCGGCUUGCCAGUGCCCAUGAACAAUUUUGCUUAGGAGGUGGACUUUGUUACCUAAAUCCCAGGGCUCUGGGGGCCAGAGGAGCCGUACAUGUCCCUAAAGAGCCCAUUGCAUCUAUCUCUGGUUUUGGUACCAGGGCUGAUCUUGCAGCCUGUGGGGAAGACAGCAUUCUUUCUCUUGGUUUCAUGGUAUCCAUAUGGAGUUAUAUUGGCUCUGGAAAAUAAUCCCGGGUUUCCUUGGGAAUUCCUGAUCCAGAUUGAAGGAAUUGAAAACAAUUAACAGAAUCAGAAAGACUGAAUGGAUGGGUGGACUUACUGACAGUUAAAUCCUUGAAGGUUUCUAAAUUCAUUAGGAGCUCUUAAGUCAGAAUGAAAUAGUUUGAGAGCACUGAAGUUCACGCAGUAACUUAAUUUGCAUUAAUUUUCAAUUGUAUAUCAACUUGCAAAAUCCUUUGAAAAUCAAAUUACAUGAUGCUACAUCUUGCUCCUAACCUGUUGCUCUCUGAAUGGAAUCACUGGUGCAUGGUUGCUUAGCCCUGUUUCUUUUAAGCAUUUGAUGACGCAAAAUAUAAUCUUUUCCCCGCCCCGAAAGAAUCAGGAAGAGUGCAGCCACAAAAAGCACAAUACCUUCCCACAGUGUCAGGGGAAAGACCAGAUAACAAGCCCACCCUGCUGUGCUUUUGGGUUGUAUAGCUCAAGACAUGACUGAACAGACAAGGGAAUUCGGUCACCUCAAGAUUCGAGCUUGCUUGCUGCUGGUGGUGUGCCUAUGGCAAUGGACACAGCAAACUCUGGCAACACCGUGCCACGAUGGUGAGCUGAGAAUAAUCGGGAGAGAUGAAAAGAAAUGCUGCCCCAAAUGCAGAUCAAGUGCAGGAGACAGCAACAUGUGUCAGAACGUUAAGGACCCUGACUGCAAAUGUCGCCAGGGAUACAGCUGUACUGAUAAGACAUGUCUCUACUGCACAAAACUGCCUGACUGUGCAGAGGGCGAGGAGCUGAUCAAACUCGGCUUUGUAGACUUCGAAUUCAGGUGUAAACCAUGCGAGAUGGGAACCUAUUCUAAUGUUAAGAAUGGCUGGUGCCGUAACUGGACUAAUUGUGAAAGUUCUGGCUUUCUAACAGUCAAGCAAGGCAACAGUACACACAAUGCAGUAUGUGGUUUCCCUGCUAAGGAUCUGGAGCAAGGUCCUAUUACAAAUGACACUCUAUAUACCACCAUCCUGGCUGUCUUUACUGCAGUGGCUGUAUUUGUUCUCAUCUUGCUGACCUUCUUCUUGCAUUUCUGCAUGUGGUCGCUGAAGAAAGAAAAAUACCACACGGCUGACAAUCUGGAACAUAACUUCCCUAGGCUGCCGGUGGCUUCACAACUAUCACACCAUAGAGAAGAGACUUACAGCUGCCAGUUUCCAGAAGAAGAACAUGGAGACAAAACACCAGAAGACAAGCCUUGCUAUUUCCACUCCCAGAGUCUACAAUGAGAACAGAUAAACUGCAAAGUGCAGCGAGGACGGGGAGCUGAGCCCAGCUUUUCUAAAAAAAAAAAAAAAAAAAAAGGAAAAAAAAAAAGGGAGGGAGGGUCUGGAUGUGUAAAGCAUCGUUAUAUACACAGCCAUAAGGAGUGGGUUUGGGGGAGUUUCACUUUGUUUCUUCUUAACAAACCUAGCGUUUAGAAUCAGAAAAACUGCGAAGUCAGGCUGACGUUCAGUUCGGCCGCGUUGCGUCACUGCGUGUUUCCUGGGCUGUUGGGUUUGUUUUCAUUGAUGCUCCUCUCAACUUUGCCUGGGACCAGGGACCAUUCUUACCAUUAUUCCCCUUUGCAUCUUCUGCACGUGUCUCUGUGGUGCCCCCGCAGACUGAUAACACGUAAAGGCCAGCGUCCCGCCAUGGAUCCUUUCAGUGCUAUAGGAAAUAGAGUAGUGCCUGUAGGGCACACUCACAGCUUUCACAGGCUAUCCCUAUUUCUAAGAUGAGACUUGAUGCUCAUAUUAAAGGAGUAAGGCAUUGUGCCUAGCAACCACAUCUACUACUCUUUCAGCAGACCGCACUUUUCACUCCUGCCAAAUUGCCCUCCCUGUUAUGCAGCAAAGGGCCAUUACUCUUAAUCCAUUAAAUACUCUCCAAUCCUAAUGGAAGGCAUGGGUUAGGCCAGUCGCAGUGCACGGAGGUGCCAGUGUGAGACUGCCGUGGCCGCAGCGUUUGUGCUUGCAGAGAUUUUUCUGUGCAAGUUCUGUGAUCCCCUCAUCCCCUCCAGGCAAACUGGGGAAAGCAGGGCGUAACAUUUAUCAUCCUCCUCUUCUAUAACUCGGCAGUCUUUGGUACUUGGAAUACUGGAUUACAAAAGGGAGACUUCUGAAAGGCUCAGAUGAGGAUCACACUCUGGAGAAAGACAUUGGGUUUAAUGCUGUCUUCUCACCUAGUUUAUAGAGUAGGAAAAGACAGUGGCAGAGAAAAGCCUGAUAUUUGUUCUUGAUGCUUUUCUUUCCUCACCCAAGAAGAAAAAGAACCAGUGUCUGCUGGUGUACACCAGCAUAGCUGAUUAUCAGCCGGAAGAUAUUCUCCUUACUGGAAAUGGUACCAUGGAGGAUUUUUUUGUUUUAUAUUAGAUUAGUGCUCCUCCAGUUCCACAGAACUCUAACAUGGCUAGAAUUAAUUGUUUUGCCUGAAUUUAAAGGGGCAGGUUUUCAGCCGGAGUUGGUUGCGUUCUGUGACUUGACACUGAUUUCAGAUGAGAUUCAAGCCUGUGGCUUCAACUAAUUAAAGCUCAUGUUUCUUUUUUGUAUAAUUUUUUCUGUGUCAUAUGACUGCAAUAGCAGAUUCCAAGCUCUGGAUGCCUUCUGGUGAAAGCUGCUUGGAGUCGGCUCUUUUAUGACCAAAUCAGCUCUGGACAAACAUGAGGUUUGACUCAGUCUUCACGUGAAAGGUUAUAAAUAUCUCAUGGUGCAGCCAUUAUAUCAGCUUCCUCAUGAUUGCUUACAGAUAACGUAAAGAGUACAGGGCUUCUAAACUAAAUCCUGAUGGAAUAACGAAAUUUCUGUUAAUCGCCUUAUUAAAUACUCAGAGGGGAUUAUUCCGAGUCUGAGUGACACGCUGUUUUUAAGUAGGGCUCUGUGAAAUUACAGUAUCUGCAGAGCAGCAGGUAGUGCCUCCGCAGAUGUGUGUUGGAAAAGCACUUGAAUGGAGAAUCCAAAGAAGUGGGACAGGUUAUUACCUUGGUAAGCCAGUCACUAUGCUCUGUGCUCCAAGGCAGGCUUGCUGAGACUGGAUGACGAGCUACGCUUCUGUUGAGGUGACUCCAUGACGUCUCCAGGCAAUCCAGUCCAGUGGCUUGAUUUCAGAUCGGAGGAGAGAGGUUUUGUUAGUGAAAAUUUAUGUUAUCCGUCGUGAUUAUGAGGAAGAGUUGACUUUUUGGCAUCUUUUUAAGCAUUCGUAACCUAUCAUCUCUCCUUGAUUUCUGUAGGCUCUUAUCCUACUUCACAGGCUGUGGUUUCUAGACCUCUUAGCCUCUCUCUAAGCUCUUUCCAGAUGGUCUUUCCUGAAGCCUUCUCUGGAGGAGGUCUUGGCAAACUUGAAUAAGGCUGGAGGAUUAAUUUUAUGAUUCCUGGACAUGGUUUUAUUGCUGAACAUUUCUUAAGUGCUUAUAUCAAGAGGACUUACCCUGUCUUUUCUGCUUUUUCCUUUUUUUUGUGUGUGUGUGUGGAUUAUAGACUCUUGUAACUGGGUGAAAUAAUUGUAAGGGGAAACGAAGUGCAAAGGGUUAUGCCUUCCUUUGAAUGUAUUCCUCCACAGUCCUAGUUUUAGUCUUCUAACUUCUCUGUUAUUGUGUUUACUGCAACUGACGUCCAUAUACCUCAGCUUCUCCUUCACGUAGAAUGAGAGCAGUGAUACUUCUCAACCUGAAAAGAAUGUUACGAGACACCAUUAGGACUUCCAAUGCAUUUUUGCUUUCUUUGAAUCUCUAGCUGUUACUCCUUGUGUUGCUGAGAAUGUCUCCCAUUAACUUAAAAAGAGAGUUUUCUUCCAUUGCUUUGGGAAACGUGCAGAUUCUGGAGGUGAACAGGAGAUUCAGCCAAGGAAAGGUGAAAGCAGUGGCUUGGUUUAAAUAGGGUCACUUUUUUCAAGUGUAAGAAUGUCUCUGCCUUGUAGGCAAUUUUACUGUGGGAUUUAAUAUACUCAGAAGUUUGAACUCUGGUUAGUAAAGACAUUUCUUACGGCUUCUUCUAUGUUGGCCAUGUUUAUUCCCGGCUCUGUACUGACCCUUCUUUUUUAAAUGUUUUCUACCAGAUUUCUGAUUGUGACCUCUUGUAAAGGUGAAAUAAACUUGAAAACUGAA